AUGCUAGCUGGCAGGAGUCAGGGAUUCCUACCCUUGGGCUUGUGUCUCUGCCUGGGUGCAUUCACACCUUUCUUUAAAGGCUGUGCGGGCUGUGCAUCUGAGGAGAGACUGUUCCACAAACUGUUUUCUAAGUACAACCGGUUCAUCCGGCCUGUGCAAAAUGUUUCGGAUCCUGUGACGGUGUAUUUUGAAGUGGCCAUCACGCAGCUGGCCAAUGUGGAUGAAGUAAACCAGAUCAUGGAAACGAAUCUGUGGCUGCGUCACAUCUGGAAUGACUAUAAAUUGCGCUGGGAUCCAACAGAAUAUGAUGGGAUUGAGAGUCUUCGAGUGCCAGCGGAUAAGAUUUGGAAACCUGACAUCGUUCUUUACAACAAUGCUGUUGGUGGCUUCCGAAUGGAAGGCAAGACCAAGGCUCUCCUUGACUACAAUGGGACCAUCACCUGGACCCCACCGGCCAUCUUUAAGAGUUCCUGUCCAAUGGAUAUAACCUUUUUCCCUUUUGAUCAUCAAAACUGUUCCUUGAAGUUUGGCUCCUGGACUUAUGACAAGGCUGAAAUUGAUCUCGUGAUCAUUGGAUCAAAAGUGGACAUGAAUGACUUUUGGGAAAACAGUGAGUGGGAAAUUGUUGAUGCUUCUGGCUACAAGCAUGACAUCAAGUACAACUGCUGUGAGGAGAUCUACACGGAUAUCACCUAUUCUUUUUACAUCAGAAGACUGCCCAUGUUUUACACCGUCAAUCUCAUCAUCCCCUGCCUCUUCAUUUCAUUUCUGACCGUGCUGGUCUUCUACCUGCCUUCAGACUGUGGUGAAAAAGUGACGCUCUGCAUUUCGGUUCUGCUUUCUCUGACGGUGUUCCUGUUGGUCAUCACGGAGACCAUCCCCUCCACGUCGCUGGUGAUCCCGCUGGUGGGCGAGUACCUGCUGUUCACCAUGAUCUUCGUCACCCUGUCCAUCGCAGUGACCGUGUUUGUGUUGAACAUCCACUACCGCACCCCCGCCACACACACCAUGCCCAAGUGGGUGAGGACAGUGUUCCUCCAGCUGCUCCCCCAGGUGCUCGUGAUGCGCAGACCUGUGACCAUGGUGGGGGAGACAGCUUCUGGUCAGCAUCCCAAGGGCGUGGCCCGUAGGCCUGCCAAGGUCAAGUUUGCUAAUCGUGUGGAACCUGAACUUCUUAAGGAGCGCUACCGUUGUCACAAAUCCAGCGAGCCUGUCCCCAGCAGGAGGCGAGUAAGCCACCAGUGGGAGACUGAGAACGUAGAGCACUCACCUGAGGUUGAAGAUGUGAUCGACAGUGUUCAGUUCAUAGCAGAAAAUAUGAAGAGCCACAACGAGACCAAGGCGGUGGAGGACGACUGGAAGUACGUGGCCAUGGUGGUGGACAGGGUGUUUCUCUGGGUGUUUAUCAUUGUCUGUGUGUUUGGAACAGGAGGACUGUUCCUGCAGCCACUACUUGGAGACACAGGAAAACCAUGA